UAAAAAUUCUCGAGUUCAGUUCACAAUUGACGUGUUGCUCUGUGAUUUUAGAAAUAAUUGAUUUACUUAUGAGUUUUUAAUUUAUAACUUUAAAAUAACAGAGUACCUAACUAACGUAAUUGCAAAAUAUAGUAGUCUGUAGUAGUACCAAAUAAAAUACCAGUGUGGCAACAUAAUAACGCAGUUUUUUAGAUGUUUAUAAAUUCUUAUUAUUUGUCUGUAUUUUGAUUUAAAUCUCGUAUUGACAAGACGCGGCAAUUUAUAAUGUUUUUAGUCUUACUCAACAGUACCUGAUAUAUUUUUACGAUAGUAUUAAGCAUUAAAUAUAAACAUGAGCGAUGAAAAGCAGCCGCUUCUUACUGGACCAAAUACUCCGAUUGACAAUGCGGAGGUUCAAACUGUAGAAUUGGUCGCAAGUCCAUCGAUCCAUGUAUCGCCCUUCAAACAUGAAACGUCGAAAAAAACGGAUUACAACCCCACGUCCGAACGAUACUUAGAACAUCCUACUUCAAAUUUUGACACACUAAUCCAUCUUCUUAAAGGCAAUAUUGGAACAGGUAUUUUGGCAAUGCCUGAUGCUUUUAAAAAUGCUGGUCUAUUUAUUGGUGUAGUUGGAACACUUUUUAUGGGAGUGAUAUGCACACAUUGUAUGCAUAUUUUAGUUGCUUGUUCUCGUGAGCUUUGUAUCAGAAACCAGCGACCUGCAAUGAGUUUUGCAGAAGUGGUAGAAGAUGCUUUUGCAAUGGGACCUGUAUCUUUGAGGCCAUAUGCAAAAAAAAUUAGGAAUGUGGUCAAUAUAUUUCUAGUAAUGACUCAACUAGGAUUUUGCUGUGUUUAUUUCUUAUUCGUUGCUACUAACCUCGAAGACACGAUGCGUUUUUUUCGCAUAAAACUAAGCGUACACAGCUAUCUAGCAAUGUUAUAUGUGCCAAUGUUGGCUUUGGGUAUGGUGAAAAACUUAAAAUAUUUGACUCCAGUAUCUUUAAUAGCAUCAAUAAUGACCGCUUGGGGCCUGGUUAUAACAUUCUAUUAUAUUUUGCAAGAUUUGCCUCACACUAGCAGUGUCAAGGCCUUUGCGAGUUGGCAUCAGUUACCCUUAUACUUUGGCACGGCUAUAUAUGCGUUUGAAGGCAUUGGAGUGGUUUUACCUUUGGAGAAUAAUAUGAAAACUCCGGAAGAUUUCGGCGGAUGGACGGGCGUUUUAAACACUGGAAUGGUUAUUGUGGCAGCAUUGUACACAGCUAUUGGUUUUUUUGGCUACUUGAAGUACGGCGAAGCUGUAUCCGGCAGUAUUACACUCAAUUUACCGAAUGACUUGUUAGCACAAAGCGUCAGGGCCGUAAUGGCGGCGGCAAUAUUCCUCUCGUACGGCCUUCAGUUCUACGUGCCUAUGAAUAUCGUCUGGCCGUAUAUUAAAACUAAAUUAAAUUCCGAAAAGGCACUCGAAUACGGCGAGAUUGUGACACGAUUCGUUCUCAUCACUAUUACAUUCGUCGCGGCAGUGCUGAUACCGAAUUUGAGCAGCAUCAUCUCCCUCGUGGGCGCGUUCAGCAGCUCCGCUUUGGCGCUGAUAUUUCCACCCAUCAUCGAAAUAAUAACGUUCUGGCCCGAACGACUGGGAACUAAAGGUUGGAUACUGUGGAAAGACCUUGCCAUUAUAAUUUUCGGUAUAACAGGUUUUGUCUUCGGUACUUACGCUAGUUUGGAAAAUAUUUUGAAACAUUCUUAGUCAAAUAUUCAGAUGAUUUGAAAAUAGAAUACGUUUCUAUUGACGGUAAGUCCCAACUGGAGUUAUUCUACAACCAAAUAACAAUGCUUCGUGAAACCGUGCAGCUAGCAACGUCCGCCCGUAACCAGAAACGUUUUACAAAUACGUUCUCGUAAUGUAUGCGACUUCGAGGAUUCAUUUUUGAAUUAAAGAAAGCUUAGUUUCUUCAAAUAAAUGUCUAAAUUAGUGAAUUGUUGUACUGUUUGAAAAAAUAUAUUGGUUUUUUGGUGACGGUUGCAUUUACCGCCUCUCUAAGAUUACCGUGUAUAAUAUACACGCGCUUAUGGCGGUCAGUAACGGUGUACAUACAGACAAACAUCUUGAACAUUUAAACUGGUGGUUGACCUUUGUGCAAGCUCCUGUAUAUAUAUUUUCGUUUAUAUAGUUGGUGCAGAGAAUGGUUCAUAUUUUGUUAAGUGCCAAUCGAUUGAAAAUGUAUAUAAGCGGUGUGUAUUACCUUCUAUAGCAUGGUUCAUUUGGCUUUGAUGUCCUUUUAUUAACAGAAAAAAAUAAUCUGUUAAAAUGGCUACAUUAAUUUACCAAUGGCGCACUCGGAACGAUACUACCCGUUUAAAAAGAGCCAAUAGGACGCGACUAGUUCCCUUUUUCCCCGCUUGACAACCAAUCAGACUAAGAUCUCUGUUCACUUAACAUCAACUGUCAAGAUGUUUGCCAGGUACUGUACCAGCCCAUAUAGAGGGCGUUAUAUAGUUGACACAACAAUUUUUCUUGCCACAGACGAUAGCAAAUUGGCGACAUAAUCUGACUAUUGACAAUGCUAUUUUUUAUGAAUUAAAAAAAAAAUCUGAUUCACAACAACCAUGACAAUAAUAUUAAAUAGAUGACUUAAAAUAUAUUUAUACAUAUUUUAUUUUAGUCAAUAGGUGUAGAAUCAAAUGAAGUGAUCAUAUAAUUAAUUUAUUCUAAGAGAUACUAGUAUUAAAACGGUAAGCUAUUGUUCUUUAUAUAUUUUGUUUAAUAGCUAAAGAGUAUUUAAAAAUAGUUAUUAAUACAUUCUCGCCGCAUUUAUAUUUACUCGUGUUAAAUCGUAAAGAUGAGUAAGUAAGCACAUUGGUGCUUACUAAUAGCUAAUAUUUAAUGCACAAAGGAACGGAAUAUGAAAUGUAUCAGAUUAUGUUUUACGAUUUUUUUUUAUUAAUAAUGAAAUUUAAAUAAUAAUAGUAUAUUCUACGAUACUGUUAUCAGCAUAGUUGAAAAUUUUAUCAUGAAUAAUAUAAUUACUUUAUUUAAUAAACACCAAAGUAACUUAGACGUUAGUCUUUUAAUAAAUAGUUGAAAACACAUAUUAUACAAUAGCUUAUUUUAAAUCGAUGUUGACGUUUUUAUGUUUCUUUCUACAUUUGUUUUGUCUUUUUAUUAUAUUUUUAUGUCAUACUUUAUAUAACGAUUAUAAAAAAAAAUGUGAUAUGUUUUAUAAGAAUUACCUAUUUUACUUAAAUUUAAACUGUUUUUAAAGAAGCUUUAAUUUUAAUUUAGGGUUACCAAUCAUUCCAAAUGUAAAUGUGACUUCAUAAUUACCACCAUAGAGAAUAUGCAUGUAAGGGCUUAACAAAAUUAUAUAUUUUUGUUAUUUAUCAUCAUUGCUUUCCAUCAUCCCUUUCGCUGUACUUCAUUCGACUCUGUCUCUAGUCAUAUUUUCAAUUACUGACUUGUCUAUGUCGAAUGUCAUCCCUCGAAUAGUCUCUCACUUUUACACUGGCCUUACCCUAUUGUAACUAACAGUGUUCAUUUAAUUCAAUAUUCACCUCAGCGCAUUAUAUCUAUGUGAAUAGUAUGAUCAUUGUUUUUUUAUUAGUUUUGUCAUAAAAUGUAACGUAGCCGAGAUUAGAGCGCUGGCGAAGAUUUCGGUGUAUGAUUUAGUCAUGUUUCAUAAUGAUUACGAUUAAGUUUACAUCAGUAAGGAAUCAAAUUUGUAAGAAAAACUAGGAUGCUAUAUAUUGGCCUCUAUGACUCGUAGUUAAAUCAUCCUAAUACCUAGAUUGCUCGCCUGCUCACUAACAAACAUUAUCAACUCUUAACACACAAAUAUUUGAUAUAGUAUAUUUUAUUAAUUUUAUUUCCCAUAUGGAAAAAGGUAUAUUUUGAAUAAAAUGCUGUAAUAC